UAGAACAAGACCCGGAAAUGAAAUUACUUCCACUUCCGGGUUUACUCCUCGCUCAACGACGUCGUGAAAACGAACCCGCGCGUCUGACUAUUAAGUUCCCCUGAAAACUUGGCGUUCAUAGUCUCAUAAACCCUCCCAAACGGACUCAACUGGUGUGACUUUUACAAAUCGGGCGCCUUAAUCGCAGUUAAGGUCAAGAACAAGGAAUUAAGAGAGGAUGUCCAAACGGGACGCAGAGGAGCUGAGGCCGUGGGUGGAGCGCACCGUGAAGAAGGUGCUCGGCUUCUCGGAGCCCACUGUGGUCACCGUGGCGCUGCAGUGCGUGGGGAAGGGGAUGGACAAGAGGAAAACGACAGACCAACUGCACCCUUUCCUGAACGAAUCCGCUGGAAGUUUUGUCGAGCGUCUUUUUGAAGCGUUGGAGGAGAGCCGCAGCACCCGUAGCAGCAAAGGAUCAGGAGACAAGAACCGCAAGAGAGACCUGAAGGAUGUCUUUAGUGAUGAGACUAAGAAAGGAAGCAAGCAAGCCGUAGUGGAGUCUGCAGAAGGUACAGUUCCCAAACGUAAGCGGGUCCCUCGUUUUCAGGAGGUGGAGGAGCCUGAGGUCACAGCAGGUCCGCCCGCCGAGAGCCCUGUAAUGCUCAGCAAAAUGCAGAUCAAACAAAUGAUGGAGGAAGCCACAAAACAGAUAGAACAGCGAAGGAAACAACUGAACAUACCAGCUCCUACUGCAGCACGCAUGGAACCUUCAGCAAUGUCCCGACUUCUUGGCAACGCUGCCGCCAGUGGCGGCUCCAUUGUACCCUCGCAGGCCGCCAGCUUCAUGAACGACGCCAUCGAGAAGGCUCGCAAGGCCGCUGAACAAAAGGCACGCCUCCAGUCCCAGUUAACCAUUCAACCUAACCUCCUCGGAGGUUUGGGAAACACCAUCGCUCACAACUUUGUCGCACUGGCUAACCUUCACGCCAUGGGAAUCGCCCCGCCAAAAGUGGAACUGAAAGAAUUGAAUAAGCCAACCCCACUCAUUCUGGAUGACAAGGGUAGGACAGUGGAUGCCACCGGUAAAGAGAUCGAGCUCACACACCGCAUGCCCACCCUGAAAGCCAACAUUCGAGCGGUCAAGAGGGAGCAGUUCCGUCAGCAGCUGAAAGAAAAGCCCGGGGAGGAGUUGGAGUCCACGUCCUACUUUGACAAUCGCGUAAACCUCUUAGCGGCACAGAGGGCUCGCAAGAGCUUCAAAUUCCACGAGCCGGGGCGCUUUGAGAAGAUUGCCCAAAGAAUCCGGACUAAGGCUCAGUUAGAGAGGUUGCAGAAUGAGAUUUCCCAGGCGGCUAAGAAGACUGGAAUCCACGCGUCCACCAAGCUGGCUCUGAUCGCCCCCAGAAAGGACAUUGGAGACAGCGAAGUCCCCAACAUCGAGUGGUGGGACUCCUUCAUCUUGCCCACCAACAUGGAGAUAACUCCAAAAACCAAAUUGGAUGAGGUGGUGCUUUUUGGUGUGACAAACUUAGUGGAACAUCCUGCACAAAUCAGCCCUCCAAUUGACACCGACAAGCCAAUCGCGCUGGGCUUAUACCUGACCAAGAAAGAACAGAAGAAACUGAGACGGCAGACGCGCAGGGAAGGCCUAAAAGAAGUGCAGGAAAAGGUCCGUCUGGGACUUAUGCCCCCGCCGGAGCCCAAAGUUCGCAUCUCCAACCUGAUGCGGGUGUUGGGGACGGAGGCAGUUCAGGACCCCACCAAGGUGGAAGCCCACGUCAGAGCGCAGAUGGCCAAGAGGCAGAAGGCUCACGAGGAAGCCAACGCAGCGCGAAAGCUCACGAGCGAGCAAAGGAAAGAAAAGAAGGUGAAGAAGUUGAAGGAAGAUCUCACCAAUGGCGUUCACAUUGCGGUCUACAGAAUCCGCAACCUACAAAACCCUGCUAAGAAGUUUAAAGUGGAAGCCAAUGCCAAUCAGCUGUACCUGACAGGCACCGUAGUUCUCCAUAGAGACGUCAACCUGGUCGUGGUGGAAGGAGGCCCCAAAUCUCAGAAGAAGUUCAAGAGGCUCAUGAUGCACAGAAUCAAGUGGGAGGAGCAUAACUCCAAAAGAGACGAUCUGGACGGCGAUGACGACACGAGGAGGAACAACAAGUGCUAUUUAAUUUGGGAGGGCACAGCCAAAGACCGCAGCUACGGGGACAUGAAGUUCAAGCAGUGUCCCACAGAGAGCAUGGCCAGAGAACACUUCAAGAAGCACGGCACAGAACACUACUGGGACCUGGCCCUCAGUAAGAGCGUGUUGGACAGCACAGACGAUUGAAGCCUUCCCGGGAGAACGUCACAUCACAGACCCCCUCCCGUCAAGGACUGAUUGGCAUCACAUUUGAACUUGGACUAACAGGAUCAAUAAAGCCUGCAAGAACAUGUGACAGAUCUUGUGUGUGUAUGAAUGCGAGUGUAAGCCUGCAUUUUUAGAUUGUGACAGAAAUCACUUAGCCUACAGGUUUACUUUAUGAUAGGAUGCCUGAAAUGUAUUCUAAGUAAAGUUGUCAAUAAACACCUACACCACCA